CGAUAGAAAAUGAAUGGAUCAUCUCUGUCAAAAAAUUUGAAACAAAAAAUCAGAAGAGCUGCCGUUGCACGAUCUGAUAUCGUGCGAUACGCCAUGAACUGCACGAUAGAUCGUGGCGUUGUUCUCGAUAGAUCAAGGAGAAAAGGAGACGCAUUCGACGACCACCAAGCAUUAUGAAUGGGAGCACAGGAAGGAAACGUUCCAAGCCGGAUAGUACUAGCUCGAUAGUCUUGACACCCGCGGCAGAGGCAGUCGCAUCUCCGUCGGAACGGUGCUGGAAGUGCAAGGGAAGAGGCAAGAAGUUUCAAAAGUCGACCCAGUGCUUCGACGGUCCGUCUUGCAAAGUUUGUAACGGGGCCGGAAUCCGCAAGCGAUCGAAGCGCUCACAGAUAUUGGCAUCGGAGCCGGGGAAAAUACUGAACCUAAGGGGAUAUCCUGCCGAUCACGUCCUCCGAACGGUCUUCCCUGACGGCUUUGCCGGUCCCCGAGCAGUUUGGGGCGGUACUCAUGCUAGUGUUUCAGACGCCAAAGUAUCUGAUAAAAAUACUUCCAGCAAUAACGACACUGUAGGUGAUUUACCAAGAAGCUUGCUACCUCGCGAAGGAGAAGUGGUGGGAUCACUUGGGUGUGGCGAUUGGAGGAUCUAUCAGAUCUCCGACGGCAACAAACUGACAGUGGACGACUUUGUUUGCGCGUGGGUAGCGGCGGAAGAAAUGAGGAAGCGGGGGCAUGGGUCGAACCUUCAUCGGUCGAACCCAGUGAUUGCAAAAAAGAACGACGACAACGGCGGUAUUGCUAACGAUGGUGCGAAAAUGUUCGGCGGCAGAAUUGACGCACCAGAGGACAAAAGUACGUCAAAGCAGCAUCGCUUCAAUCAUGCUGAUAUCGGGACCGGAUGUGGAAGCGUACUGAUGAUGACUGCCUGGGCAUUUCUGGGAGAAAUCCAAUCGAUUGGAGUCGAGGCACAGGAUGUCUCCUUCGGAUGUGUGAAACGAGGACUUGAAUGGAACCUGGGGAGCGACGGAACUUCUCCCUAUGACGCGGUUCAAGUUCGACAAAACGACCUGCGAACUUGGGAUGGGUACGGAAUAAGCAUCCCCAAAAGCAUUGCGCAGAGAGAAUCCACGACACCGCACACGGAAAGGGCAGGAGCAAUUAGUGGUGAAAACAAGAAGGAUCCAACGCCUUCGACGCUUGGACCACCGUACCAUCUUAUCACGGGGACGCCGCCCUACUUUCCUCUCGAUAGUUUCGUAGCCAGCCAAAACCACGAACAAAAGGUCCGGUGUCGCGUCCCAACUCGAGGGGGUGCACCCGAUUACAUCGCAACGGCCUCACGAUUCCUCCUGGAAGAAGAAAGCGACGAGACCACUAGUGCGAAUCAUGUCGAUGCCGGUUCUCAUGCUACGAAUAGCGGAGGUGGUGUGUUUUGUAUGGUUGAAGCUGCGUUUGACAAAGCCGAGGCAGGAGUGUUGGCAGCCGUUGAAAAGCACAAUAUGCGGGUGCAGCGACGGGUGGAUGUAAUCACUAGAACCGGGCUUCCACCACGGUUUAGUUGCUGGAUCAUGACCAAAAAGAAGGUGUCCACAAAUCACAAGAAAGCAAUCCCGACAAACAACUUGUCUAAGAAUGAAACCAACGACAACGCACAGACGGUCAGUGACGCCGACGGAAAUCGCAAGGAGAUAAAGCGGGAUAACAGCAGCGAGAAGUCACCGUUUCCGAUAGAGACACUCACACUCCGCAAUGCAGAUCUUUCAAGGACAAAAGAAUACACAAAUGCAAUGGAGAUUAUGGGCUGGGUAGAUUUUGAAAAAUCUAGACACAAAACAGUAAAGAAACUUCCCAAAGAAGACGAAUCAAACUUUUAGUCCCAAUUUUUAUCAGAAGGAUAAAUCAAUCAUACGAUGGAAAAAAUAAAUUCGUGUUUCAAUU